AUGUUGUGUAUUCCCAAGGCCAACCAUAAAAGACUUGUGGAUGAUUGCUACCCAACAUCAAAGGCUUUAGUGAACGCGGCUCCCGAAUAUAGACCCAAUGCAAAUGAGCUGGGUCGUCUUGUUUACUAUGCUCAGUGCAAACCAGCCAAGUUAUCAAAGGUCGGCCGCUUGCUCAUGACGCGUGCCAGUUCGGAAAGUCGUGCAUUCAUGACAGCGAAUACGGAGAAAAACAAGGCUCUCGUCAUGAUCACGCUCGGUGUGCUUAGGGACUUGGUUAGCUCUUGUCAAGAAGGCCAUGCGUACUUGGCGCCGGCGGUCCGUAGUAUGUUGACUGAUGCAGUGAAUGUGGCGGCGCCCACAGGCUCGGCGAUGACGUCAUGGGACAUGGAUAUAUGUGCGCGUGCAUCUUCGAUCUUUGCCAUGUAUGUGCAAAGCAUCCCAGCUGGCGAAGUCGAUACAGACGAUGCCGUUUCGAGUGCCGUGUUCCAGGGGCUUUCGGAUCUCCAGCGUCUUGGGAAGGGCCAUGCAAGCGACCAGUCGCGCAUGAUUUGGAUUGCAGGCAUCAAUGGUUUGAUUCGUUCGCCUGUGCUGAUGACGCCGUUGUUCCCGCGGUUCCUGCCGCUGAUCCUGCCGAUCGUCCUCGACACCCUGUCACCUGCUCACAUUCCUCUAUCGCAAACAGCGACACUUUCGCAAGAAAUUGACAAUGACCCGGCCCAGAGCUUGAAUUCAAUGAGCCAUUCGUCGGCGGAGCAGUCGACGCGUGCGGCACUCAAAAUGCUCUGGAGCAUCUUGCACCGCUGCGACGCCACUCAACUUCGCGCGCUUCUCACGCAGACACUCGCAUACCUGGAUGGGGAGUGCCACCGCCCAUCAACGUGGGAAGACAAUGAAUGGCCUUUGUGGAUUCUUGCCGUACUGAUCCAGUGGUCGCUUCCGUCCUCGCGCUACGUUGUGCCACAUUGUCUCGUAAAUGCUCUUACAACGCCGAAGAAAAUGUCGAAUAUCCGCGAGACGCGGUUGCUGCAGGCACUGCAUGUGAUUCUCGAAAGUAAGACUGACAUUGUUGGACUAAAUAUGACGGAGCUGCUGGAUGGCCAUGUGUUCUUCCUCCUGUCGCGUGUGCAGAAUGAUCCUUACGACGCCACAACCGUGCAGGCGACAAUCGAUGCUAUCUGUCACCUGGCCAAUUACACUGUAUACUCGGACCAGCUGGACGACUUCGUUCAGCAAAUCGCGCCCCACAUUUUGAAUGUGCUGUACGACACACAAUUAGCGGACGAGUCGAAGAAAUUCAGCAUCUGUGCUUUGUUGUCGUGUUUAGAAGCUCUUUUCCGCUCACAUCCGAAUGCACAUGUGCCGCUGCGCACGUGGGCUUCGACGGAGGCGAUUCUUGCCUCGCGAAACUCGACGGUGCGCGUGGCGUACUUGCACACACUCCUUGUUCAUUUGCGCAUUGAACAAGCGCUGUUGGAGCAGGGUCAUACUACCUAUGAGCCAGUAAACGAAUGCAUUGGUUUCCUUCAUGCUCUCGCUGCGCGAAUGUACACUCUCGCGACGCUGGGUCUUGUGGAUGAUGCCGCUACACCCACGAGUGAUGUUACUCCCUCUUUCUCCGCGACGCCUGCCGACUAUGCCAUGAUGCAUGAUAUGCUCGACACGCUCUUAAUCGUAGCGCCAGCAGCAUCGUUGCUCGCCUUCGUCCCACCCUGGCUCUCGAUGGCGCAGGUGUCGAACUCUCCGGGUGCCUUGGAACCUGUUGUUGUGAACCAGACACUAGCGAUUCGUUGGCUUGUCGGCGCGACACUGGCCCAAAUAAGCCUCGUGUGGCAAAUCCAGCCGAUCCUUGACUAUGUUCGUGUGUAUCAGCUGCCAUCCAUUGGCCGCGCCGUGCCCGAAGCUCCUACCCUCCCUGACAAGUACCAUCCUUUGAACGAUAUGCCUCCGUUCAAGCACGCAGCCUUUGCAGCCGCUUCUGAGAACGAGUGGGACCUUCCGCUCAUUAUUGAACACCUGUCUUUGCAGGUUGAACUGCAAACAUCUACGCACGCCGAUGCGCCUUCGCUACGUGCAUGGUUCUCGCGACCGUGGUCUGUGCCCGCAACCGCAGCUGAUGCUCGUACUGCCGCUCAGCCUACAAUCACUCGCUCAUCUACUUUUACAAAGGCUUUUCGUUCGGCUUCCCCCCUGACGCGUGAAAACUCGAUGGAUGUGCGUAAGCUUCGGAUGGCUCUGAUGAAUCACUCCUCCAAUGCAGGGACCAUUCCUGCAUCACUCAUGAAUGAAAAAUCAUCGCCAAUUCCCAGCACGCCUAUGCACCGGCGUCAUCAUAGCCGGAGUAUUCACACGCAUGAGGCGCAACAGAGUGUCUCGGAUGUAUUAGAUCGCUACACAUCGAAGGCCUCGCGUCGAGCUCCCUUGUCGCCCAACGUUGCUGCUGGCUCGGGUUCUCCUAGAGAAAAAGUGCCGUUGCAGACCGCAGCAGCGACCAAAGCCGCGCCAGCUCAUGGCCUAGCACCAACAAUAGCCGAGCGCGAAGCAGCUCAAUGGCUUGCGGCUCAGCGGAACACGGGUCAGACACUGGUCGUUUCUCAAUAG